UCCUGAUCAUACCUCUACUAUAAAUUCUGAUCGUGUUCCUGUUACAAGUCCUGCUCAUGCUUUCACUACAAGUUCUGCUCGUACCUCACUACAAGUUCUGGUUGUAUCUCUACUACAAGUUCUAGUUGUGUCUCUACCACAA